AUGGGGAAGCUCGUGGCGGCGUCUGUUGGGGCGGGGAGGCGAGGUGGUGAUGCGGCAGGGUGGCGGGGGUGGCUCCAGGAGCUUUCUCCGGUGAGCCCCUCGUAUCCGGCGGACAAGAUCGCGCACAUGCCCAAGCCGGAGGCGACGCUGGACAAGGUGAGCUUCAAGGGCAUGACCCACGAGGCCAUCACCGUGCACAGCCACGUCAACGUCACCAAACCCUACUCCCACCGCAUCCCCAUCUGCGACAUUGCCUUCACCCUCAAGUGCGGCGUCAAGGAGGUGGCGAGCGGCAUGAUCCCGGACCCGGGGUGGAUCGAGGACAGCGGCGAGGUGACCAAGCUGGUGGUGCCGGCCAAGCUGCCCUACGACUUCCUCAUCUCGCUCAUCAAGGAUCUGGGUAGGGACUGGGACAUCGACUACGAGCUCCUUGUCAAGCUCCCCAUCGACCUCCCCAUCAGCGGCAAACUUCACCUUCCCCAGUCGCCAGCCUAUUCCCCGUCGUCGUCUUCGUCAUCCUCUGGAGUUGCUUCAUGUGCAUGA